CGAGGUAUCAUGGAGGAUCAGUUAGAGAACAGUAGCCGUUGAAGGAAGCUGAGCUGUGGGUCCGUGCUUCGGAGUUUCUAACAAGCAUAUAUUUGUUGAACGGGCUCGUCUGAGUGCGCGAUCUUCUCACACCAUGGAGAUGAAGAAGAGGAUCAGUUUAGAGCUGAGGAACAGAACUCCGGCGGAGGUGGCACAGCUGGUUGUGGACAAUUGCCGCUCGAGUGAUGGAGAGAUCGAGGGUCUCACAGAUGAGUUCAAGGAGCUGGAGUUCCUCAGCAUGGUUAAUGUUGGUCUCACAUCACUGGCCAUGCUGCCAUCACUGCCCAAACUAAGGAAGUUGGAACUGAGUGACAAUAACAUCUCAGGCUCUUUGGAGAUACUUGCAGAGAAAUGUCCCAAUCUGACGUACCUGAACCUGAGUGGUAACAAGAUUAAAGAACUCAGCACAGUGGAAGCUCUGCAAAACCUGAAGAAUCUGAAAAGCCUGGACCUAUUUAACUGUGAGAUAACAACACUGGAGGAGUACAGGGAGAGCAUUUUUGAACUACUGCCUCAGGUCACAUACCUGGAUGGCUUUGAUGCAGAGGACAACGAGGCUCCUGACUCGGAGGAUGAUGGAGAUGUUUGUGGUGGCUCAGAAGAUGACGAGGAUGGUGAGGAAGGAGCUGGACCUGUUGAUUAUGAGGAGGAUGAGGAAGAGGAGGAGGAUGACGAUGAAGAAGAAUCAGAGAGUGGAGAGGUUGGGCUGUCCUACCUGAUGAAAGAUGAUAUUCAGGAUGAGGAAGAUGAUGAUGACUAUGUAGAAGAAGAACAGGAGGAGGAGGAAGGUGAGGAAGAGGAGGCAGCGGUUCGGGGAGAGAAACGGAAGAGAGACGAAGAAGAUGAGGGCGAAGACGACGAAGAUGAUGACUAACCCCUUGUGUCUGUUGAGCAACUUUUGAAAAAUGUGUGAUCUUGCAGAUUGUUUUUCUCUUGUAUACCAUAGAUAUCACUGUAGAGGCUAAAUGUUUUCUUUUGAUAAAUACAUAAUAUACUAUAUAAAAGGGGUUUAUUGAUAAUUCAUUUAUAGCCAUUCCAAGUUUUUGUCCCAGCAUGAGACAUUGUGGCUGAGUGGUGGUGGGAGGGGAGUGGUCUGUGGGCAGUUUUGGUGUGUCUCCACAACUUUUCCAGUGGACACUGGGCCAAAGAGCUGAUAGGGGAGUUGUCACAGCAACAUUGUUCUGAAAUGCGCAAACUCGACAAGUUAGGUCAUGCUCAACCUACCAGUGACUUUCCCCGAGAUCUUCUCCAAGAGUCGGCCUGCUCCUCAUCUACCUCUCCGGGCAGCCUCAGUCUCAGCCCACUACGGAGCAUCGAGCCACUGAUCUCCAUCUAGCAGCACUCGCGGUCCUGGAUCGACCAAUCCAUUCAGAAGAAUUCAUCAUCAUCAGGCACUAACUUUGUAAGGGAUUCCUCCUCUCCAUUUAUUUUAAGCCACCUUAAGGCUUGUUCAAAUAGACAGACAGCCCAGAGUGUGAUGUAUGUAAAUGUGAUGUAAAUUACCUGAAAGCAAGGGAGAGGGGGUUGGAGUGCAGUGUAGUAUAAACAUCUUGAAAAGAUUCGAAUCUAUUUUAAUUGGAGUUGGACUUUGUGCUUACAAAAAAAAAAGACAGGACACCACGUUGAAAUGAACUUAAACCAUUUAAUAAGCAUUUCUCCUACAUCGUGCAGAAUUCAGUUAUUUUUGAAUUAUUUUGUCUGUAGCAAGGUUUUGUUCUCUUUUAAGAGAGACAUUGCACGUAUUGAUCAGGUUUAAUGGCUUUGUUGGAUUAAUUAAUACCCUUAUGAAGUUUUAUCCUUAUGUUUUGGUGUGGAAAUGGGUUAGUUUAUACAUUUUGUGGGGGAUAUUUUACAGAAUAGUACCUUUAAACUAAUGUUCGUAUGGCAAUAUGUACAGUAUAUAGUGUAUGUUGCAACUGGUCAAUGUUAGUACGAGUGUGUGAGGAGAGUGUGUGUGUGUGUUUUAUUUGAUUGUUUUUGGGGUUGUUUUGUUUUGAUUUUUUUUUUUAAUUGAAGCUGUUUGGUUCAUUGUUUUAAUACAAACCAUAUGUCCAAGACUAAAGUCCCUCGAUGCGGGUCUCCUUUGUUAAUAUUUUUUGUUUUUCAGUACUAGGCUGUGUUUCUGCGUUUGUGAGUUAAACCUCUCCGGAGGGAUUUAGUUUUGUUUGUUUGUUAAUGUUUGAUCCCCCCCCCAUUUUUUAGAAAACAAAAAAUAAACACAAAAAAUUA